AUGGGAAGAAUUAAGAAGAAGGGAACUUCUGGUCAAGCCAAGAACUUCAUUACCAGAACUCAGGCAGUCAGAAAAUUACAAAUUUCUCUACCUGACUUUCGUAAGUUGUGUAUCUGGAAAGGAAUCUAUCCUCGAGAACCAAGAAAUAAGAAGAAGGCAUCGAAAUCCUCGACACAUUCUACCACCUUUUACUACACAAAAGAUAUCCAAUGGCUAUUGCACGAGAAGAUUGUCGAUGCUUUCCGUGAGCAGAAAGCCUUAGAGAAGAAAAUCUCGAAAGCUUUAGGACGAGGAGAUGCAAGCGACGCUGCGAGACUUGAACGCAAUGCGUCAAGACCGGAGAAGACUGGAAAGACUAAAUACAAUUUGGAUCACAUCAUCCGAGAAAGAUAUCCUACAUUCAUCGAUGCGCUACGAGAUCUCGACGAUUGUUUGUCAAUGCUUUUCUUAUUUGCAAAUUUGCCCUCGACCUCGACUGUUCCUGCAAAGAUGAUUGCGAGAUGCGAGAAGUUAUGCUUGGAAUUCGAACAUUAUUUAAUCGUCUCAAAUAGCUUGCGCAAGUCAUUCUUGUCUAUCAAGGGAAUUUACUACCAGGCAACUAUACAAGGACAGGAUAUUCUGUGGUUAGUGCCUUAUAGAUUCAACCAGAGAGUCACUGGUGAUGUGGACUUCCGAAUCAUGGGCACCUUCGUCGAGUUCUACCAGACUUUGCUAGGAUUCGUCAAUUUCCGCCUCUACACUUCUGUUGGAUUGGUGUACCCACCAAAAUUCGAUGCGGCUAGAGAUGAUCAAGAUGCAGGUCUAGGAGCAUUCUCAUUGGAAGGAAAUGGUAUUGGUGCUAUUGAGCAACCAAAGCAGAUCACCAAUGGCGAUGCAAAGCCCGAUCCUAAACUCCAAGCAGAGAUUGACAAACUGAUGCUUCAACUCAAUGCACCAGAGAAGGAGGCCGAGGAGACAACCAAAACUUCACCCGAUGGCGAAGAUGAAGAGCAAGCAACUGAGACUAUUGAUAAAUUCGAGCCAGCUGCACCAGGUGGUGAUAUUCUUAUGCAACCUUCUUAUUCUGCCACAGAUCCAUCGACUUUGUUCUCAAAGUUUACUUUCUUUUUAUCAAGAGAAACUCCACGCCAGCCUCUCGAGUUCAUUCUUCGGGCAUUUGGCUGCAAGCGUAUUGGUUGGGACGCAGUCCUUGGAGAGGGUGCUUUCACUCAUAAUGAAUCAGACCCAUCGAUUACUCACCAAGUGGUUGAUCGCCCACCCGUACAAGUCCAACCUGAGGAAGAUGAGGAAGUCAAGGAAGACAACCAAACAGCACAGCGCUUGAGGCCCGGAGCUCGAGUCCCUGGUCGCAUUUAUAUUCAACCACAAUGGAUUUGGGAUUGUAUCAACGAUGAGGAGCUCAAACGACCGGAUCUAUAUGCACCCGGUGCACAAUUGCCUCCACAUUUGAGUCCCUUUGUCAAGAAAGUACGUGGUCAGUAUGAUCCAUCUGCCCCACUUGAAGACCAAGAAAGGGAAGACGAGGAACUCGAAAUGGAUAGCGGUAGCGAAGAUGAGGCAGAUGUCUCCGAUGAGGAGGCAGCUGUUAAGAAACAGGAUCUGGUUACAGCUAUGGAUGUCGAUGAGACUGCUGAGGGUAUGGAUGUUGCUGGAUCUGAUGAUGAAUCAGACGAGGCUCCUGAUAAGGUCGAUGAGUCUUUUGGUGGAUUCUCUGAAGCCGAAGACAGCGAAGAUGAAGAAGAGACCACUGCUCUUCGACGUCAACGAGAACUUGAGGCUGAGUUAUCUGGUGUGGCCUUACAAGAAAAGGAAGUUGACCCAAGAGUUAAAGCUAAGACGGAUGCCAAGAAGAAGGCCGCCAAGAAGGCGAAAGAAGAAGACGAGGAGUUGGAGAGAUCUAAGAUGAUGAUGAGCAGAAAGAAGAGGAAGAUUCUAGAGAAGAUGGUUUACAGUAAUAAAAAGAAAGACGCAGAGGCAGAGGCAUUGAGAGCCAAGAGGAGAAAGAUUGAGAAGUCUGGAAAAGCAGCUCCAAGAGAGUAAGAGAAUAAUGGUGGUCACUGUAGCUGAGAAAAGUAUGGCGUUCGUGGCUUGGACAAGGAGUUUCAACCUGCAUUUGGGGGUUUAUUACUGUGGUUAUACCUGUGAAUAUUAGACUAGCCAAUCUUUCUUUUAUUAUCAUGAAUGUUAAACACAAAUC